AUGCUAGAAGAUAUACAAUAUUUGACGUUUUAUUUUUUAUCGUGUCUUUUAAGAUUAUGGAGUUCAACCUUACCAGGAUAUAUACAUCCUGAUGAAUUUUUUCAGUCACCUGAAAUAAUGGGUGAAGAUAUUUUCGGAUAUGAAGUAUUUCGUCCUUGGGAAUUUGAGAAAAGUCCACAAUGUAGAUCUAUAAUUGUUCCAGCAUUGACAAUUGGAGUUCCGUUUAGCAUUUUAAAUACUAUAAAUACACUUGUAAUGAAACUUGGGUUUAAUGAUUUAAUUAAUUCACAAUCAAUUUUUUUAACUGAAAGAAUCUCUUAUUUUAUAUUAUCUUUUGGAAUUGAUUAUACAGCAUACACAAUUGCUAAAAAAUUUUAUCCAAGAAAUACAUUUCGAUCAUUGCUUGUUUUUUCUUCUUCAUAUAUUCUUUUAACUUUUUAUACAAGGCCAUUUUCAAAUUCUUUUGAGUCAAUAGUUUUUGCACUUUGUUUCUGUAUUUAUGUCAAGGGUUCUUCACCACAAAUAAACAACUCGAUUAUUAAGGGAAAUCUAAUUUUUACACCAUUGAAUAAUAUAAUUUAUAAUCUUGACACCAAAAAUUUAGCAGAGCAUGGAUUACAUCCAAGAUAUCUUCAUUUUUUCAAUUUUUUCUUAUUAUUUGGUCCAAUUACAGUAUUGACAAUGAAAGAUUUUUACACCACCAUACUUAACAUAAGGUUUUCAUCUAGGAAAACAUAUAAAACUGGGCCAUUCACUAUAUACAUACAUUUAUAA